ACAGCAUUAUUGAGUUAGUUGGGUAAGUACUUUUUUGUUGGCUUCAUUGCUGUUUCAUUUUGGCGGCUGAGAACUGAGAAGGAAACUAUCAGUCCAUCACAACCUGAACACAACACUAUCAUCAGCUGACAAGAGGUUUAGACUUCAGAGGUCCAUGAGCCAACAAGAAAUGUUGCUUCAACAACAAUUCCAGGAGUUAGUAGGCACUGUAGAGAGCCUUAGAUUGAGACGCCAGAGCUUGCAGCAAGUAAUUUCUGCUGAGGAAGAAAAAAGGGGCAGGCUUCUUGAAGAAAUCCAAAAGGCAACUCAAGAAGCUGAGGCAUGUGACAACAGGAUCAAAUCUCUUGUUGUGGCCAGAGACAAGCUGGACUCUACCAUCACACAAACUGAGACUGCAUUUGAAAAGAUCCUGGAAAACACUGAACUACUUCUUGCUAUUACAAAGAAAACAGGAGGAGAGAUUGAUGAAAUCGUGUAACUCAAAUAUGUGUUUUCAAUGAUAAAAUGUUGAUAUUUUCACUACUGAUCACUGCGUUAUUAAAUUUUUUUUGUAAAUCAAAAUUGUAUAUUUUUAACUGAUCAAAAUGCAAUUUUAUUCUGACGCUGAAGCACAAUGCCGUUAGGAUAUUAGAUUAGACUAGACGAUAAAAUUGAUUU